AUGGACCUAUACGCACAUUUUGAGGCAAAUGAUUUUCUUGAUUAUUUAAUUCCACCAGUGAAGAAAAAUAGUAACGUUGACAGAGAUCCCCUACUUCUCUUUGAACGAUACUCAUAUAGGAAAUAUCCGGGUUUUCCAAUUAGAAAACCAACGUUUAGAAAUAUACAUAAUACUAAAGCCGUUUCUUCGGUAUCGCAUACAUCAUUAUUUCUGAAGAAACCUACCAAAAGGUUUUUACAAGAACAGUGUUCUAUUUUGGAUGUGAUACCAUUAACCUUUUUAAAAAAUAAUAAAUCGGUUAAUACAACUCAAAGUAAAAUAUGCAAUCGACACAAAAGUAAAGAAGAAAAACCAGUUAUAAAGAUAACAGUCAUACAAAAACCGAUUAAGACGCAAACUGCGAAUGUUUUUAACAAACGCAUUUUUAAAAAAGAAAUUAUUAAAACUGUUUCUAAUCAAGAUAAUUCUAUAAAGAACAAAAACGUUUAUCUUGUGGUGUCCGGGAGAAAAAGAGAAAAAAUUUACGAAAUAAAAACAUCGGAGAGCGAAAAUUUGUCAAAUAGAUGGAGUCAUCCACUUAAACGCAAAUUUCCAGUAAAGCAAAGUUCGAAACAGGUCCUUGAUUCCAUGGAUAUGGACAGGAGGUACUUAAGAGGCAAGAAAAAAAAGGACGGAAAAUUAUUUGGUAAUCAGGAUGAUCUUAAACCAAAAUCUUCAGGGCAUAACAAUAUGCACAAAGAGUGCAAGUCUUCAAAAUUAAAUAUUGCGUCGCCUAAAAGUCGAGUAACUAUAUUUGGCCGAUUAGGGCUCACAGAUAACGAUCAAUAUGUAUUAAAUUGUGCUGCAACAGUGAACAAUAAGCCGAGUAAGUAUUCUUCAAGCGUUUUUCAUUAUCCAUAUAUAAACGACGCAAAUGGAAAUGAUCAAACUGACGAGUAUCAGAGUACAAAUCUUGAAAAAUACCGCUCUCCCAGAAUGGAAUCCCAGGGUAUCCAGGUAAACUUAUGCGCUUCGAAGAGUAAAACUAAAUCCAAAUACAUGAAAGAUCAAUAUAUCCAAUGUAUGUGCCAAAAUGCAGAUAUAAACAAAUCUGUUGAUGAAAAUGAAAAUAUUUUGACCCAAAGUCAGAAUCCAAUAGUUGUGAUUUCUGUGUAUCCUAAGUUUGAAAAGGGAGAUACUAAUUUAAGCCACACUGUUAAGGUUGAGCAACAACACGCGCCCUCCCCAAAGCAUGCUCUAUACAAAGAAACACAAGUCGGUACAUCUAAGAAGAGUGACGAAAGAAAUUUUAUUUCUAGAGAGGGGUAUCGGUCAAAGUCUCCAACUUCAUUUUUACAAGGAAAAUCGGAUUUUUACACAAAAAAUGAUAGAAAUCGUUUAAGAUCACCUAAUCGUGCUCCAAAUUAUUCUCCAAAUGUUACUCGUAAGUUCAAUAAUGAUGUAAACCAAAAAAUAUAUUCCAAACAAGACGUAGGAUAUGCAAAAAGUAAUUUUAAAAAUGAAAAUGGAUCCAGGCCAACAAGAAAGCCUUUUAGCAAUGAAACGAGAUCUGAAACGGAAACUUUAAAUGCAAGCCGAAAUUUAGCAAAGAAAGCUUUAGUGGACAGUUAUAUGAAUAAAUUACAUUCUGAAGAAGUUGUUAAAACUAUAACUCGUAAAAAUUUUCUUGUUCCUAAAGAUGAUGCUUCAAAAGUGACUAUAAAUAUAGAUGGGGAAACUGAACAAUAUGAUUUAAUAUUCGAACAGAAUAAUCAAAAUACUAAUUUAUCAGUCAAGAAGACUAUGAAGGAAUCCAGUAACAAAAGGAAAACGGAUAUGCGCGAUACAGCUUCACUAGAGAAUCUAUUAGAUUUUUCUCAAGAAUUAUUGCCUACUGAGAACUCAGUAUCAAAGCGAGGUAGUUUAAGCAGUGGUGGUAACAACUCAAAACCAGCUCCAUCUGCAAAUACUAAGCAACCUAGCAAUUCUACACAAUUUUCAAGUUCAAAAGCCCAUGCUAAACAUUAUCGAGGUGAUAAUUGUUUCAUACCAGAUCCCACUGAAAGAGAUAAAGAAAUUAGAGAAUUACUAGGUAUACUAACUGGGAAAAAAUGUCAAGCUGAAACAAAUUCAAAACAGCGGAUCCAGAAAUUUUUCAAAAAAAUCAAGAAUGUUAAGGUGGAUAAACCAAUUGAUGGUGAUAAUAAGAAACCUACCUGCAAGUCUUCAUUGCCACAUCUUGACGAUAACAGGCAAAAUGUUAGGCCACCGACUAAAACAGAAGAACAACAAGACGAUCGUUUCAAAUCUUUAAAUAAUGCGCAUGUUGAUUGCAAAUGUUUCCAUAAUCCUGCCCAAAGAAACCAAAAUGAGAUGCAGAAGGAAGACUAUGGUGAUCAUAAUAAAUUUCCAAAUAAUAAUCAAUAUAAUAUUCCAAUCGAACCUAAAAAGCCGCUUAUGUGUCCUCAUUGUAAGGAACCAAGAAAUCCCAAAAUCCUGAAUAAAACCCCUAAUGACGAGAAAACAAAUGAUGCGAGCUUGAUUUUAAAUCGAAACAUACAAAUAUUUUUAGAGGUGGAGCAGUUUAAAAAACAAAGACCCAUUGUAUUAACUAGAAAACAAUAUGAUAAGGUUAAAAAAGCAAUACAAAGCACUAUAUCUAAGAAGACUAGCAACGAGAAACGACGGAGCGCUUAUUACAAUAAUUACAGUAUAGUGUCUAUUGGUGAUGUAAAAAUCAGAUCCAAAUGCCAGCAACCAAUAUGUACAAACAAAGAGGUGCAAACAGAAUCUUUCGGAAAUAAUAGAAUUUGUUCAGAAUUAUUGUCUUCUCUUGAAAGCUUUGAAAGGCAUGAGGCAUCAUUAUUGUCUCAUAGUAUGUUAAGUUUCGAUAAAAACCAAGAAAUAGGAUGUCGACCAGAUAUUGGUGAAGAUCCUAAUAAUUUAAAAAUCGUCAACCAGCAUGCACUAACUCGUAAUGCGAUGUCAUCAUUAGAAGUGCGCUAUGCUAGUGUGGCCUUCAAGAAACAUGUUACAUACUCGUCUCCGUUAUGUAAUAAAGGUUUAGAGAGUUCACUGUUUUCAAGUUCUGCUCAAAAUCGUAGCGAUUCACUGCACACGAUCUUUAAAGGUUACAAGAAAUCAGCGACUCCAAACCUUGGAACAUCUGCAUUUUCAUUGUGUUCAGAUACCUAUAGUAGAUUAUCGGAUAAAAGUAAAGGAUCACAACAGACAAAAGAUCCAAAGUACAAAAAGCCGUUGCUUCAACGCCUCGUGUCAUGCCUCAUUAUGAGAUCGGCAAGAGUCUCGGAAGUGAAAGUUAGAAACACUCCUGAUAAGAAAGAACCAACGCUUAAUAGUUCUAUCGAUUCUUAUCAUUUUAGUUCUUCCUUAGCCGGUUUUGAAAUGCCAUCUUCUAUGUAUGACACAUCGAUAUCGUUUUACAGUAACCAUACAAUUAUGCCCGUAAAUAGAAUAAAGCGAGGAUUCUUUAGUUCAAUGAGAGGAUUUCUCACAAAUCGUCGAAAUUAACAAUGUAUUUAAACAU